GGUAAACAUGGCCGUCAAAAGUGAAGUGAAAUGUGGAGUUGCAAGGAGAAAAUCGUCUCAGGCCGUCACAUUCUGUAUUAAAGAGGAAAGGAAUGCUUCAUAUAAAAAGGUAUCCUCAAUUCUUCAGAAAGCCGAAACUGAUAGAACGGAUGAAGAAAAGGAAAUGUUGUUCAGCUGUUCAGAACUUGUCAAAGAAGUCACUAGGAGAGUGGAAAAACGCAAAAAAGUAAAGGAACGACUUCAGGAAAUAGAAGAUCCACCUGAUGUAUUAGCAGAAAAGUGUCAUAAAUUAGCCGAAGCUAUAGCAAAUUCUACAAAUUUGGUGGUGUAUACAGGGGCAGGAGUUAGCACUGCAGCAUGCAUUCCGGACUAUAGGGGAACUAAUGGCAUUUGGACUCUACUGCAGCAAGGGAAGGAUAUUGGCUUCAUGACUUGACCCAGGCUGAACCCACACUCACUCAUAUGGCACUGUGGCAGCUGUACAAGGCAGGGAUGCUGAAACACGUUGUGUCUCAGAACUGUGAUGGUCUCCAUCUUCGCAGCGGCCUGCCAAAAAGGGCGUUGUCAGAAGUUCAUGGAAAUAUGUAUAUUGAGGUGUGCUGUCAAUGUAAGCCUACCCGUGAGUACUGGCGUCUGUUUGAUGUGACAGAGCACACGGCCCGUUUCAGUCAUCGCACAAUGAGACGUUGUUAUUCGUGCAUGGGCCCUUUAGUAGACACAAUUGUACACUUUGGAGAACGUGGGAAAUUACAUUGGCCCCUGAAUUGGUCCACAGCUUGUGAGGCAGCGGACAAAGCUGAUGUCAUUCUUUGUAUUGGCUCCAGUCUUAAGGUAUUGAAGAAAUACCCUUGGUUAUGGGGGAUGGAUAAACCAGCAAGAAAAAGGCCUAAAUUAUACAUUGUAAAUCUGCAGUGGACACCAAAAGAUGAUCAGGCAGUUUUGAAGAUCAGUGGAAAAUGCGAUGAAGUAAUGCAGCAGGUGAUGUCCCGUAUGAACUUGGAAAUUCCUAAGUACAUUCGAAGCAGUGAUCCAAUAUUCAACCAUGCUACAUUUCUUCACCCAGCCGAGGUGCAUACGGCUACACAGCCAUUGCUCAGGCAGCCUCUAGAAGCCAUGCAGAGUGAGUUGAGAGCUUUGAGCAAGUGCACAGGCCACAGACUGCUCCAUAAUGGGGUGAAACUUGAGGGUAGUGAAGUAAGUGGUAGUUGUAGUGGAAGUAGCCAUGAAGUUGAAAUUGGUGUUCACAAGAUGGAAGAUUUUUCAUCUCAGGAAAUGCACAUACUCAAGACAAACAGUGGUAAUUUUAAUUUUACGAAUAUAGACGCUUCAUGUACGCCGUGCGAUCAGGAAGUUUGUUCGUCAGCUGGAAAUAUUGAGGGCCCAUCUGAGGUUUUGGAAGAGCAACGUCUGAAGAAAGUGUUUGAAAAGAACAGUACUGUAUCAUUAUUAGUAGAUGAUAAUUGGUUUCAGAACCAGUCAGAAAACACGGCACUAGAUAUUGGAUCAGGCAGAAACUUUUGCUCAAAUUUACCAUGUAAUGAAAGUGUUGCUAGUAUAAUUGGCCUAAAAAUGGAUUUGGAUACAACUUUUGAUGAAAUUAUAAAUACAGAUCAAGUUAAUUGUGAUCAGAAUUCCCUCCAAGUUAAAGAUAUUAUUGUAGCAAGCACAUCGAUGAACCGUCUUAAAUGUAGUUGUUUAAUAGGCAGCAAUUCUCAGUCUAGGAAGAGUAUUAACAGCACAGGUUGUGACAGAGGUACAAGUUCCAUUACAGACACAAGUUACAUCCUCAGCGCACAUGCAGAUCAGCCAUCCCCACUUCACAGUGUUUCAUCUUUAUCUUUGCAGUCUUUGACUCAAAUUCUUCAAAUAGAGCACAACUAUAGUAAGAGACCUAUUGGUCAUGGAAGAAACAGGGAGAGUCAGUGUACUCAGGAAAAGAAUUCAAAGGUUAAGGCUAUUGAAGGGUCUGUACUUUCACUUGAAAGUGGAAUAGGUAAUCCAGAAUGUCAACGUUUGAAAACUAAUAGGUUUGAACUGCAAGGAACAACAUCUUCUUCACCUUUGCCCCAUUCAUCCUCACCACAGAAUACAAGAAAACCUGGAAGCACACAGAAGCCUGAGGAUGAAAAACAGAUCUGUGAUGAUGAGUAUGAUUUAGCUGAUACCACAAUGUGUUCAUUUUGCGAGUCAAAUUACAGUUCAAAUAUAUGCCUAUUUUAUCGUCAUUGGACUGCCAAGUUUGAAAAUAUUUCACUGGGAUCUCAAGUUUCUAUCUGUGAAUGCUGUGAUAUGGAUGAUGAUGGUGAUACUGAUGAUGUUGAUCUUGAAACAAGUAGAUCAGAAGGUGGUGAUGUCCAUGACAUUGGCGAAGGUAAAGGAAACUAUCACGCCAACAAGGUAAGUAAAGUUCCUAACAUAAAUCCAGGCUGGUACGGGAAAGGUUAUCGCAAGCGUACUAAGAAGAAACGUCUGGAAAAAUUGUGAUCAUUUCCUCUGGAAUCCUAGAUGGAAAUAAUUACUCUGGAAUUUUAGUGAAUUAUGAUAUUAUAGGGCUGUUCCACUUGUGGCUCUUAAACUGAAAUUACAGGAAACAGAGUUCAAAUAGUCCCCCCCCCCCCAGUUCAGUUAGUGUCAUGGCUCUUCCCAGGUAACAGAUAUUCAGAGCAUGAAGUUAACUGCUCACUUCCAUCUAGAGACAAGGUUAAGAAUGUGCAGAGCUUUACCUCCCAAUCCCCCACUGCUCCUUUAGGGUGCUGUGCUUAGGCACAAAGGCAGCUUUUACUUCAUUGUUACUACCAUAACUGUACAAGAGAAUAAAGUAAUUAUGUUGGCAGAGUUGUGAAUAAAAUAAUUAUGUUUUGUGUUCACUGGUGCAAAUAAAUUCCAGGAUGAAUUAUGAUCGUAUGAUUGCAUACUUCCUCUUCUAUGUCCCAGCUUCUCAUCUCAUUUGCUGCUGAGUAACUUUUUCAGUUGAAAAAAUGUCAUAAAAUAAUACAAAAAUCUAUCACAUCAUUUUGUAUCAUCUUAUCCAACUUGGUCCUAGAUGGAAUGUCGCUUUUUCUUUUAAACAUCUUGCAUUCUAUUUCAGGUCUUUGUUUGAAUUUCAUGGAUCAAAAUUAAUUGAACUGGCUUGUACGGACGGUUUUAUGGACUGACACAGUGGCCAUGUGCACUCAAGAGUUGCAUGAUCUACCUCUGGCAUUGUUUAUAACGAAUAAUUUUUUUUUAAACAAAUUUUAAAUAUUUCUGAAACCACAAUCAUAAUAUUUCAACGCUGUUUCAGAAUAAAGUUUAACCAUAUCAACUACAGAAAUCAAGAAGUGGAACAGUCCUGACUUCAUAUAAUGCUCACAUCAAAAAAGAAAAAGGCUAAAUGUUUUAUGCAUGCUGUUAGUAAUAUUAACUUCAUGCUUGCCAUGUGUGGGUAUCUUAAUAUAAGAACAAGGUAACAUUGUACUUACUUGAUUACGAGACCUACGCAGAGAUCACAGCUUACACUUUUCAUUUACAUGUAAGCUGUAUACCACAAGGUUGUAAUAAUAAGUCAUUGAAGAGCAAAUGUGCGUGUUGUAACUUAGACGUGCUGCCAGUAUUCCCUAGGUCAGUGAUUACAAACCAUUCCUGCUAUAUAUUACACUUAUGGGAUUAGAUUCUAAAGGGCUCUGACAAUGGUGGCUGAUACACAGAAUUACUGGGUUUUUGAGCUUUUCCCAUU